GGCCGCUCCGAGGUGAACGGCGCCGAGACGGGCUCGCGGCGCGGGGAGGCCGGGCGCGCCGCCGCUAUGAAUUCCGCCGAGCAGACCGUUACGUGGCUCAUUACCUUGGGGGUGCUGGAGUCGCCCAAGAAAACCAUCUCGGACCCGGAGGGCUUCCUGCAGGCGUCUCUGAAGGAUGGGGUGGUCCUCUGCAGGCUGCUGGAGCGCCUGCUGCCCGGGACCAUCGAGAAAAUCUACCCGGAGCCCCGGAGCGAGGGCGAGUGCCUGAGCAACAUCCGCGAGUUCCUGCGAGGCUGCGGGGCGUCCCUGCGCCUGGAGACAUUUGAUGCAAACGAUUUGUAUCAGGGGCAGAAUUUCAACAAGGUCCUCAGCUCCUUAGUGACUCUAAAUAAAGUAACAGCAGACAUCGGCCUGGGAAGUGACUCCGUGUGUGCCCGGCCCUCCUCUCACCGGAUCAAGUCUUUUGACUCCCUGGGAUCCCAGCCUUCGCACGGUCGGACUUCAAAAUUGUUCCAGGGCCAGUAUCGGAGUUUGGACAUGACGGAUAAUAGCAACAAUCAGCUGGUCGUAAGAGCCAAGUUUAACUUCCAGCAGACGAAUGAAGACGAGCUGUCCUUUGCGAAAGGCGACGUCAUCCACGUCACGCGGGUGGAGGAAGGGGGCUGGUGGGAGGGCACGCACAGCGGCAGGACCGGCUGGUUCCCCAGCAACUACGUGCGCGAGAUCAAGCCCAGCGAAAAGCCCGUGUCACCCAAAUCUGGAGCCUUGAAGAGCCCUCCCAAAGGAUUUGAUACAACUGCCAUUAACAAAAGCUAUUACAACGUGGUGCUACAGAAUAUUUUGGAAACAGAAAAUGAAUAUUCUAAAGAACUUCAGACUGUGCUUUCAACCUAUCUACGGCCACUGCAGACCACUGAGAAGUUAAGUUCAGCAAACACUUCAUAUUUAAUGGGAAAUCUAGAAGAAAUAUGUUCUUUCCAGCAAAUGCUUGUACAGUCUUUAGAAGAAUGUACCAAGAUGCCGGAAGCUCAGCAGAGAGUCGGAGGCUGCUUUCUGAACCUGAUGCCGCAGAUGAAGACCUUGUACCUUGCGUAUUGUGCCAACCACCCGUCUGCAGUGAGCGUCCUCACGGAGCACAGUGAAGAGCUGGGCGAGUUCAUGGAGAUGAAGGGCGCCAGCAGCCCAGGCAUUCUCGUGCUGACCACCGGCCUCAGCAAGCCGUUCAUGCGCCUGGACAAGUACCCUGCGCUGCUCAAGGAGCUGGAGAGACACAUGGAGGAUUAUCAUCCAGAUAGACAAGAUAUUCAGAAAUCCAUGACUGCCUUCAAAAACCUUUCAGCGCAGUGUCAGGAAGUACGGAAAAGGAAGGAGCUGGAGCUGCAGAUCCUGACGGAAGCCAUCCGGAGCUGGGAGGGGGAUGACAUUAAGACCCUGGGCAACGUCAUUUACAUGUCCCAGGUCCUGAUUCAGUGCGCUGGGAGCGAGGAAAAGAAUGAACGAUAUCUUCUGCUCUUCCCAAAUAUUUUGCUAAUGUUGUCUGCCAGUCCUAGGAUGAGUGGUUUUAUAUACCAGGGAAAGCUACCAACGACAGGAAUGACAAUCACAAAGCUUGAGGACAGUGAAAAUCAUAGAAAUGCAUUUGAAAUAUCAGGGAGCAUGAUUGAGCGGAUCUUAGUGUCCUGCAGCAACCAGCAGGACCUGCACGAGUGGGUGGACCAUCUGCAGAAGCAGACGAAGGUCACCUCUGCGGGAAACCCCACCAUUAAGCCUCACUCUGUGCCGUCUCACACCCUCCCCUCCCACUCGGUCACCCCGUCCAGCAAGCAUGCGGACAGCAAGCCCGUGCCGCUGACGCCCGCCUACCACACGCUGCCUCACCCCUCGCACCACGGCACUCCACACACCACCAUCAACUGGGGGCCCCUGGAGCCUCCGAAGACCCCCAAGCCCUGGAGCCUGAGCUGCCUGCGACCCGCACCCCCUCUCCGGCCCUCAGCUGCGCUCUGCUACAAGGAGGAUCUCAGCAAGAGUCCCAAGACCAUGAAAAAGCUGCUCCCCAAGCGCAAGCCCGAGCGGAAGCCUUCGGACGAGGAGUUUGCGCUGAGGAAAAGCACGGCUGCGCUGGAGGAGGAUGCCCAGAUCCUGAAGGUCAUCGAGGCUUACUGCACCAGCGCCAAGACCCGGCAGACGCUCAACUCAAAUACAGCCGUACGAACGCUUUUGUAUUUUAUACUGAAACCACGCAGGUUUGUGGUCUAAGUGCCAGCGACACGGAGGAGACCCUGGCCUUCCGUACAGGGAUGUAAUUUUGUGUGUGUACUGGACGCGGCGACCCAGUAGCUGUGGAGAGAUAAGAAGACGACCCGUGCCCCGAGAGCGCCGAGUCCAGAUCAGACGGCCGAGUGCCGGGCUGCCCCAGGGCCCUGGGCGCCGCGAGGAGCCUCUGUCGGCGUGGCGGCGCGUGGGGGCCCGGCCGGGCGGGAGCGCUAGUGGCGAGUCCGCACGCCACAGGCGGCCGGCUCCGCAGCCCCGCUUCUCCGCGGGCCGGGCCCCUACGCGCCGCCACGCCAGACUUCCCUUAGUUGGAGGAGUUUCUCUUGAGAGGCACGUGGCGAGCCUGUGCCACCGCAGCGAAGGGUUAAAGCCCCGCCCCCUAGCGCGUGGGUCAGGCUGUGUCCGGCCGGUCGCAGGCGGUGCUCCCGGCAUCCACGUCCGAGCCCACUGCCCGUGACGGGCGCAUGGCUGCUUUUCAGCAAGAGCUGCCGUGAGACUCCCCGGACGGCCCCCGGUGGAACGUCACCCUCACUCUUGAUCGUAACGGGGUUAUGAGUCGCCCGAAAACCUGCUGAGUCGCCACGUAACUCACUUGCAAGAACGUCUCAGAUUUGGAGGGACCCCCCCGCUUCCCUGGGAUUCGUUGUAAGGAGACCUCACUGCCCUCCCUCAGACCGAUUUCUGCCGCAGCAAGAACUGAAUGCGCCCCGUUGCAUUCGGCGGCAGCACUCAGUCCACACCCGGUCCACGCUGGAGAGGAGAGCGGGGUCCCUCCCGCGCACGCCUGGCUUGGCGUUCAGGUGGGACCGGAGGUGGUGUGUUAAGGACUCCUUGAAACCAGUUUCAGAAAACGAGAUGCCGUAAUAAGUGGGAGGAACAUUUUCUCCUCCCUUCAGGGUGGCCGGGACCCUCUGCUCCCGCCACACCUCCCCCGCCAAAACCAUGUGUUCGGUGUUCUGACCUUGUCUGCACAGAGCGGCUCUGCUGUGCUCCGCCCUGUGUCGGGGGGCUGGUCCCACUGCUCACAGCCCGAGGUGCCCUCCAUCCUUCCCGGCAGGAGGCCCCCCCCCAUUGUUUAGGGAGCCGGCACCCUCAGAACUGCAUGCAGGGAGGUGGUUAGGAAAACCAGGAAAUCCAAACGUCUGUCUGUUGUUCCCAGGUAGCUACUCAACUACUUAUGCCAUCUGGAGGUUUCAAGUUUUUGUAUCAAUUAGUAUGAAUAAGAAAGUGGAGGAGCAAUCUUUUAAUAUUCGUCGGAGCCCAGUAUUCACCCGUGGUAGAGACGGGCUUAUAUACAUACGUUCAUAGCAAAUGGGAUUGUGGGAGAAAUAGGAUAACUCCAAGGUUCACAUACUUAAUAUCAUGCAGUGAAUUUAGAAGCGUUUUGUUUUACUUUAUAUCACAUCAAGUAACACAUUGCAGCUUUUCUGAUACUCACAGUAGAGGGUCUUUUGUUUGCUCGGAGACUGUGAUAACGUGUGUUGGCUUACACGCCUCGACCAUGCCUUAGUGAGUCUGGGUUGUCGUGUCAUGUGCUGUGUGCACCACAGCUGCUGCACUUGGGUUUCUCUUUAACACCAAGUGUCAUUUGGGUUGUCCUGAUGAGACAUUUUCGUUGAUAUUCUGUACACCAAAGUUUUGACAUUUUCUCAUCAUUCCUUUUUGUGCCAGUUAAAGCCAUUUUGACGAUGAUUUUUUUGUUGAUGCUAAGAUCACUGCAGAAUAACAACCUGGCUAUUUGUUUGUUUGGAUUUGUUCUGAUGUCUGGCACCAUUAGCUCUUGUGACCUGGUUGGAAGUAUUAGUGCCACUGGCUUGAAAACAGUUCUCAUGUGGCAGUAGUGAUGUGGCAUCCCAAGGCCAGUGUUUCUACUUUGGUGGAACUUUAGUCAUGCUGAAAUAGUACCUUACAUUUAUGCAAUUCUGUAAUAUCUAUGUGUACAGUUAGUAUUAUAACGAAAGGGUGAAGAAUCUGAACUAGAAGGUAGGUUUAAGCCAUUACCAGGCGCUUUUGCAAAUGGCCUAAACGGUUUCCCAUUGAAUUGACACUUGCCACAAGUAUAUAAGCUAUAUUAAUUAUGUGUUUUGCAUAAAAUUGCGAAAACACAGUGAUUUGUAUAUAGUGGUAUAAGACCUUGAAAAAAAUCUAUAUAUUGUGCUUUUUAUUUGUGAACGGGAAAGCCAUUUUCACUGGGUGACUGCCGUUUGAGACUCAGUGGGAUGUAUACCUGAACGUUGCAUUGUACUGUACAGUAUGCAUAUUGUUUGUGGUUGCAUAUGGCAAUGAAGUGUUUGUUUUAUAUAUAUAAAAAAGACAUCUGUUAUGUACAGUUGAAAUAAAUUCUGCAUUUGCUAGCCUGUGGCCUUUAGUAUUUGUUACGUGGGGCGGAGGGCGUAGCAGAGUUUGCAGCUUGACGCUUGCUGUUUGAAUGUAGCCUCUUCCGCAGGGAGGCCGGGCAGUAGAACACCUCUUAUCUGCCUUGAUAGCAAAGCUUGCACCUUCUUAGGUUAAGUGUGUUCUGGACGAUGCAAGGUGACUCUUUGUAUAUUUUUAUUUCAUCUGUUCUCCUCGAAUUUUUUUUAAAACAAGUUUUCAAUCACUGGGAUGUUUGUUUUCAGAAAGAAGAGUUCUCUCUUUUUUGAUAGGGGUGGGGAUGUGUGCAUAAACGGAAAAAAGCCCCGACUUGAACGUUUCUUACCGAGACUGAGAUCAGUUUUUAAUCUUUGUUUGGUAAAGUGCAUGUCCAGCUGACUAGGAAAAGCAGAAUGAAAGGAAAACAAGUACCUGUGGCAGGUAUGGGGCCAGGACAAGGUGCAAACGAUAAACAAAUGCACAUCCCUCUCUGAAGAGGGUCCUCGUGUUUUUGUUUUUUAAGAAAAACGAAUUGGAAGCUUAUCAUAGCCAUAAAUAACAAAGUGGCCUUUCGGAGAGAUUUUACUCAGUAGACUUUUUUUUAAAUGUAACAUUUUGUUUCAUUCUGAAAGUUACUUCAGUGUCUGUUGAGUAUAAGUAGAUGCAGAUUUCAGAAAGAUUACGAAUUUAAGAAGUCGUGGGAAUUUUGCUACAAAUGUGCUGGACCGCUGGCUAGAUAAGCAGAUGUUCUCUCCUGACAAACCUACCCUGUUUUUAGGCUCUCAGUGCAGGCCAACCCCCUCGCAGGGGCAGACGCACCACAUGUGCCCUGGGUUUGAGAGCCGCAGGCCCUCUGAUGAGGCACCAGGUGGCAGUCUGACCACCACAGUGGCACCUUGGGUUGAGGCCCUUGCUGCCUGGGCAGGUCCUCUGUCCAGGAGGUGGGAGUGCUGCAUGCAUCUGUGUUUCUCAACCUAAGGU